UCAACUUCCGUUUAGUCUCAACUCUCAAAGUAAGGAUCCACGAGCAACAUGGCCGCCGGUCACUUAUAUUUCUAUGUAUUAACCGCUUUGCUCGCUUUCCAUUUCAUACUAGCAGAGCAAAACCCAGAACAGGGAGAAAACGAUGGAAACAGAAAAUGGUCAAUAGGCAUUAUUCAUAGACGUUUGGCCAACGAAACAAGGGAUCAGGGCCGACCUCGUCCACCCAGAUCUCCAUUUUCCUUCCUGCCAUCUAUGGGUUCUUGUAACUAUACUACUGAACCCGGUUUCACUUGCUCCGGUUGCAGCACAGUGAAGGUCUGUUUACCCAACAACGUCAGCAUCAGCCGCACCUGUAGUAUCUUCCUUCCAUACUGUGAUAACGGGCAUUGUGCCUCCUCGCCUAGCGCCUCGUGUAAUGGGACCGCUUCCGCAUAAAGCUCUAAUAGAAUAUGACCCAAUCUUACAUAAUAUAUCCCAAUUAAUGCUGAAAUUAUUAUUUAUUUAUGGAUACCAAAGCAUUAAACUAUAUAGUUAUUGAA